GCUGUCUGGGAUGUAAAUUUUCGGCCAUAACCUGUGCAGCAAUAAACUUCAUUCAGCCACAAGAGUGUGCAUGUGAGAGGAUUGCAAAUCUGCUCUGCCAAACCAGAAUUAGCCGGUAUCGCAGGAAUGAAAGAGCGUGGAGAUUUGAAAUUGCAGAGAAUGGAGACAAGGCAGUGCAGAGGACGAGCUGCCUGGGGGGCAGGCGGCCCCAGACCGGUGCCGCACUUCUAUGGAAAAUAAUCCCCAGGGCGGCGAGCAGGGGCGAGGCUGAGCUGGCGCGGGCGCUGAGCGGAGCCGGGCGCAGGUGGACACCGGAGCCCGCAGCAGCGCCGGGGUCCCGGGAGAAGCGCCGCGCCUCGGGUUGGGCUGACAGCGGGGCUCGGCGCCCAGGAGCGCAGGGACGGCGGCGCUGGCAGAGCUGGAGGCGAUGACCAAAUAGCAACCAGAUUCUCCUGCCUUUAAAUGAAAUUCCUUCUGAGGGGCUGUAUUCAAGCACUGUUACUUUUCUCUAGGAUUUCACAAUUGCAAAGAGUUCAUUUGGCUCCUCUGCCUUUCGUGAGCCUGUUCCUGGCAGAGCUGUGUGGCAGGAAGAAAUACAUCCCCAUGGUUUCCUCUGAGAAGAUGUGGUAACCAUCUACCUGCUACUUCAGGAUUUCACUUCUUUACUCCAAGCUUUAUGAACUGGAACACAAAGGCACAUUAUCUUACUGGGACAGCAGAAGGUGACACAGAGAAGUAAUAUACAGAGAGAGACCAGUCUUUGGGACCACAGUCAACCCAUGAAGAGUGAGGUCUCUCAGCCAUCUAAAAGUAUUUACUGCAUUUGCCUCAGAAUACUGUGGAGAAAAUGUAUGCUAGUCGAGAGGAUAUUGGAUAUGAUUUUGGAGAGGACUCAAAAGUUGGAAGUAAGCCAACUAAACCUAAUCCAAACAUCGAUGGAGGAUGGGCUUGGAUGAUUGUACUUUCCUCUUUCCUUGUGCACAUACUCAUCAUGGGUUCCCAAAUGGCCCUUGGAAUACUCAACAUGGAAUGGCUUGAAGAGUUUAACCAAAGUCGUGGCUUAACAGCAUGGGUUAGCUCCCUCAGCAUGGGCAUCACGCUUAUUGUAGGUCCUUUUAUUGGUUUAUUCAUCAGCAUGUGUGGGUGCCGCACGACAGCCAUAAUUGGAGGGGUACUGAAUGCCCUGGGCUGGAUACUGAGUGCCUAUGCCUCAAAUGUGCACUACCUCUUCCUCACCUUUGGACUAACAGCUGGCAUUGGAAGUGGCAUGGUUUAUCUGCCUGCAGUGGUCAUGGUAGGGCAGUAUUUUCAGAAGAGAAGAGCACUUGCACAAGGGCUCAGUACCACAGGAACAGGGUUUGGAACUUUCCUAAUGACUGCCUUACUGAAGUACCUCUGCACUGAAUUUGGGUGGAGGAAUGCCAUGUUCAUCCAGGGGGCCAUCUCCCUAAACCUUUGUGUCUGCGGGGCACUUAUGAGACCACUCUCUCCAAAAGACCUCUGUGAAAAAUAUGUGGUGAGAAGUGAUAGUGAAGAAACUCGGGCAAAUGCUCUGUCCCAUUCUACAGAGACUAUAAAAUCCAAUGGAGUCCUUGGUGAAGAAACAGACAAAAAAGAAGAGGCAGCAAAUGAAGAAGUGCUUGGCAGUGUGCAGCACACAGAAGUUGGAGGUAAAUCUGGAAGUGGAAGGAGCCUGUAUGGACUGCGCCUCUUUAAGACAGUGAGCCAGCUGACAGUUACAGUCAGGAAGGGCUUUGCACUCUGGUACUCCAGCUACUUUGGAGCUGCAUCACUGUUUACAAAUAGAGUAUUCGUGGCCUUUAUAAUUUGGGCUUUGUUUGCCUAUAGCAGCUUUGUCAUUCCCUUUAUUCACCUUCCAGAAAUAGUCAAGCAGUACAACUUAUCUAGGCAGGACAAUGUAUUUCCUUUGACAUCCAUUAUAGCCAUUGUUCAUAUUUUUGGUAAAGUGAUCCUUGGAAUCAUCUCUGAUCUCCCGUGCAUCAGCACAUGGAAUGUCUUCCUCAUAGCUAACUUUACCCUGGUCACCUGCAUUCUUACUUUGCCACUAAUGCAGACAUACGUUGGCUUGGCUGUGGUUUGUGCUCUAAUAGGAUUUUCUAGUGGCUAUUUUUCUCUAAUGCCUGUUGUGACUGAAGAUUUAGUUGGAACUAAACACCUUGCAAAUGCCUAUGGCAUCAUCAUUUGUGCCAAUGGAAUAUCUGCUUUGUUUGGACCACCCUUUGCAGGUUGGAUCUAUGACAUCACACAAAAAUACGAUUUUUCCUUUUACAUAGCUGGAUUGCUAUACAUGGUGGGAAUAAUAUUUUUACUUAUACAACCUUGUAUUCAAAAGAAACAGCCAAGAGAAAAAUCUACAGAAGAAGCACAAGUAUAGAACAAAUUCCAGAAGUUUUUUUUACAGAACUUUUUUGUUUUCAUGUUUCUCUUGUGUGACAGUAGGAAGAUGUUUUUGUUAUAGAACCAACCACAUUUAGCUGCACUUAAGUGAAAAGCAAAUGUGCUCCAUAAUUCUUAUAAAUUAUUGGAAAUAUGCUUUUUAAAUUAGUUAAGAUAUUUUACUUUAGAACUACCAAAUACAAUGAUUAAAAGCACACUGCUAAUAUUUUAAUAUUAGAGCAAUGCUAGGAACCCUUACCCGUGCAUCUCUUCUAACUUUUCACCAUUAAGCAUUGGUGAAAAUACAUUGACUGCAGUGCAGUUACUCUGAUUUACACCAGUCCUACAAGAGAAUUUGGUCAGGACAUGAAUGAUUUAUAAAACUCCUUUCUACUACAUAUUCAAUCUGAUGAAAGAUUAGUUACUGAGUAUAAGAAAAUGAUUGUAUUUCUUGCCUGGCUAGUCAAGUACUGUUGAAAUGCUAUUAUAAUAAUUCCAUUAAUUCAGCAUACUAAAAUUACUAUUUGUGUGAUGCAAAUCUGAAGAAAAGUUCUCAUCUAUUUCUGAAGUGAUUCAGUUGGACUCAAUAGGUCCCUCCCAAUCCAGUAUAUUCCGUGAUUCUACUUGAAUUAUUUUUAUUUGUAUUUUAUUUUUUUAAACUAUUAACUACGUCUAAAGUAGCCAUCCUCAAUACAUAGGCUGCAUUUUAAAUGCUGUGACACUUAAUGCACCUGAACUAAAAAACCCAUGAAUGCAGAAACAGGAAACAUAUGGAAAAUAUCAUUGUGACUGCAAAAUGUUUCCAGAAACAGUUUGAAUUCUCUGGUCCCCUUACCUAACUAGAGUUAUUGUAGAAUUUAAUAGCAUUGCCACUGACUGCUUCCAUGGGAAUGAACUCUACUACAGCACACUGAAUUUUGUUAUAAUUUAAUUUAAUUUAAUUGUUCACAAACUCUGUUAUAUAUGAUCAGUCAUGUUGCUGCUUGUAAUGUACACCAUAAACUGACUAAGAUUCAUCAUGUUUGAAAAGUUUAUUCACUAGAAAAUUAGAUACUGCAAAGCAUGGAAUAGCUAAAGAGCAUUUAAAAUAUUCAAAUAAAUUUUCUUAACAUUAAGGAUCUGGUAAGUAAUGAAGAAGGUGAUAUAUGGUGAUACAGGGCAUAUUUUUUCAGCUGUGAGAGGUGAGUUUGAAGUUAAUUUUCCUAUCAAAUAAGAACCACUGUAAGUUUUCAUCCUCUUAGCUUUAUGAAAGUUCUUAGCAUGACAAAUCACGUUCUUAGUUUAAUAUUGCUACGUGCUGCUGGAAUUCCUUAAAAAGCAAUUGAAACUAUUCGAUUAUAUUAAAGAACUAUUGGGAAACAGUUCAGUAUGCAACAACAUCAAUAUCAAUAUCAAUAUCAAUAUCACUAUCAAUAUCAAUAUCCUUAUCUCCUUACAGCUGCAAGGCUGGUUAACAAAAAGUUCUGAAUGUGUAUUGUUCUAUAUGGCAAUUCACCAGCUUCUUAGUGUUGCACUUCUACAACUGUUGGCAGGGACAUACUUCAAAGAUCACUGAAAUGAGAAAAGUUAAAAAAUAAAACCUUAAGAAACCCUCAGUUACUUUAAGAUUUACAUCAGUGCAAUCAUAUAGGAUAGUUAUCUAUAGCUUUUAAAACUCACAUAAGACAACUGAGGUGGCACUGAACUGCAACACACGGUAUGAACACACAGUCAGUAACUUCUUAAAAUCAGCUUUUGUUAUUUGAGAAAAUUUGCACGUAAAUUUUCACAUCAAUUCUUCGUUACAGGUUAAAUGCCUUGGUGGGAAUGCUGCUGAUGGCUCAUUUGAACUGAGCUAUCUUUUACUGGUGAAAUAUAUAUUGUAGUGAUGAUUUUCCUCAUUUUUUUUGGAAGAUAUGUAUCCUUCAUACAUAGAUCUUCACUUUGUCUUUUGUCAAAAGCAAAUUUAUUUGCAUAUUACAAUAAUAAAAAAUAUGUUGUUCACUUGUGA